GGAGAACCAAUGAACGAGAAAGGAAGUUUUCUCGAUCAGUUGGCCCCGAGGCUUCACAGAUGUCCACGUGGCGGUCUGCUACUGGGCGACCUUCGCGACAGAUGGCGCGCUCUGCGACGGCGACACUCACCGGCAUCCUCCUUUUCUCAAUUAUUGUUGCACAAUUCUGCUUUCUCGGGAGAAUUAUAGCAGAAAAAACUGACACGGAAGUUCCAAGUCAAAGGCCACCAAGACCACUCCCAGUACCAAAGAACGCAACGUUAGGUUAUCGCUUCUGCGAAAAGGAUAUAAAUGGCAGCUGUCCAGUUACAGAUAGGGUAUCGGAUCAUGCACCCACAUUCAUCAGACAGUGCCGCAGGCGAUGUGUAAGAGCACUCGCUCGUUACAUAAACUGUGUACACAACGUUUCUCUCGUCCACAAUGUGUCAAAGGAGCAAAUGCACAACUACAAACUUCUGCCUGCGAAAUACAUAAGGAAGCAAUGUGUAAAGGGUGGGUUUCCGUAUGCAGGAGCUGAGAUUCUGGUGUCUUUGUCAGUGUUUAGCGAUGAUGCUGGGGAUGAGGAUGGCAAAGACGAUAAUGUAGGGGAGGAAGAAGGGGUGGUGGAGGAGGAGGAGGAGGAGGAGGAGGAGGAGGAGGAGGAGGACGAUGACGGCGAUGAUGACGACGGCGAUGAAGGAGGGGAAGUAGGAGACAGACGACGAUGAAGGAGGGGAAGUAGGAGACAGAGGAUGAUGAUGUGGAAGAUGCUACUGAAGGGGGUGGUGGUUGGACGGGGCUGAGGGUGUGUAGGUGGGAAACAGUGGGAACCAUCAGUCUUAGGACGGAGCCUCAUUGCUUUUUCAUCACAUCCGUGGAAUUCAAGGCCAUACUUGGAGCCUCCAUACAAGAGAACCCAAAAAUAUGUGUGUGGGAUAACAAAUAGAAAUAUGACCAAACCACGUCAACAAAAUGCAGUGUAGUCG